CACCCCUCGAGGUCCUGAUCAACCAACUGGAGCUUGGGGCAGGCCCCACUAUUCAGACUGCAUGCGGCGGAACCCCACCACUGAAAGGGACCACCAAGCUUGGCCAGCCUUGACCUGGACCGGACAACUGAUGCGACCACCAUUGCCGCCGACAAAAAGGUCGAAGAGCAAGAUGAUAAACGCGUUCCUGGUCUUCAACGGCCAGGGCCAGCCUCGGCUGACCAAGUUCUACACGCAGCUGGACACGAGUAUGCAGCAGCGCCUGAUCAGUGAGAUCUUCACCCUGGUCUCGAAUCGGCCCUCCGGGUCGUGCAACUUCCUGCCGCUGCCGCCGCUGCUGGCCGCGUCGGCCGGCGCCGCGCCCGACCAGCCGCAGCAGGGCGACGCGCCGUCGCUGGUGACGUACCGCCACUACGCUACCCUCUUCUUCAUCGUCAUCUCGACCACCACCGAGUCGCCCCUGGCCCUCAUCGACCUGAUCCAGGUCUACGUCGAGUCCCUCGACAAGCUGUUCGAGAACGUGUGCGAGCUCGACCUCAUCUUCAACUUUGAGACGCUGCACGCCGCCCUGGGCGAGAUGAUCAUUGGCGGCGUCGUCGUCGAGACUAGCCUCGAUCGCAUUGUCGCCGGCGUCCGCGCGCAGGGCACCGUCGCUAAGCGGCCCGUCAAUGAGGGCAGGGGCGGUCUCGGAUCUGGGCUGGGCAUGGCUGUCUGGCACGGCAGGUGACAUGCGACAGGGAGCAGCAGUGCUGCCGAACAGAUGCUGGUGGUUUGACCUUCAUCCCGCUUUCCAAACGAAUCGAUAUCACGAUACCACCUCUCAGGGGCAAUUCCUGCACCUUUCGGGGACUACCCUCGGGUCUGCUGAGUGAGGAUUAUGCACACAGGGGGCCCGCAUAGUCCAGCAAGUCCCUCGCCUAAGUGGGACAGGAUAUGAGAGAUGAGGGAUACCGCAAAUAUGUGCGGCUAAUGAGACAUUUGGGCAGCGCCUAAGCAGCCCAGGAAGGCCAUCUUUCUGGAUGACUCGGGUAUGAACGCCGAAACUCCACGUCAACAUGAUAGUAAUUGAUUGGUUUAUACACAGCCGCAACGGCAAGAAGAACCCCGACUAUUUAGGCGGAGGAUUUGAGCGGAUUGGGCGUUCGCGGGUCAUGGGCGUGUUGUCCUGCUCCGCUGGCUCGUCGAGUGUGCUGCCAAACAUUUCCCAAAAGGUCCUCCGGAUCUACACGAACAUCAUGGUUAGAGCACCUAAGCUGACAUCAAUGGUACAAAUGCGCCCAGAACUUACGCUCAGGAAAGGAUUGCUUGCUGGAGGGUCCCAACGCAUGAAGAGAACGCCAUAAACGGUGAUGACUGCGGGCCAUAUAUAGUUAGAGACUUGCGCGCCCGAUAGGGAAUGAAAAUUGAUACGGUAAGUUCCGGCAUGACCGCCACUUCCUAUUGACCCUCGAAACCUCCUGCCGAGCUGGCUUCAUGUACAGGCAACAAAAAUAAAGAGCAGAACUUACAAGUGACGCUGAACAGCUGGGUGAGUCUUAUGAUCUUAUUCCACCGUGGCCUCGCAGAGCGUAGAAGGACCCUUCGCUUGUACUUCUUCUCGAACUUGAGUUUGGCCUGAGGGGAG